CUGGUGUUGAUUGAUCUUCAGACUUUAUAGGGGUCCGGAAGUUUUGAAAUUGCACCUUCAUUUCUUCAUUUAAGUUCUUCGGUUUCUGCAGACUCUUCCGUUUCGUCAUUCAUUCCUCUUUUAACAUAGAAAAUGCAGAGGCCUCCCCCUCCCGAAGACUAUUCCCUGAAGGAGACCUCGCCCCACCUUGGUGGUGGAGGUGUCACUGGGGACAAGCUUACGAGCACCUAUGACCUGGUUGAGCAGAUGCAAUACCUCUACGUUCGGGUUGUCAAAGCCAAAGACCUACCCGCAAAAGAUGUAACUGGAAGCCUUGAUCCGUAUGUUGAAGUGAAGCUAGGAAACUACAAGGGUACCACUCGCCAUUUCGAAAAGAAGACAAAUCCUAUGUGGAACCAAGUCUUCGCUUUCUCAAAGGAUCGAUUGCAAGCUUCUCAAUUGGAGGUUACUGUGAAGGACAAGGAUAUGGUGAAGGAUGAUUUUGUUGGCCGAGUAAUGUUCGAUAUAUCUGAAGUCCCUAAACGUGUUCCUCCAGACAGCCCUUUAGCACCGCAAUGGUACAGACUGGAAGAUCGGAAGGCAGAUAAGGUUAAAGGGGAGCUCAUGUUGGCUGUUUGGAUGGGCACCCAGGCUGAUGAAGCAUUUCCUGAAGCAUGGCAUUCUGAUGCGGCCACAGUUAGCAGUGAAGGCCUUGCUAACAUCCGAUCAAAGGUAUACCUCUCUCCCAAGCUUUGGUAUGUUAGGGUUAAUGUGAUCGAAGCCCAGGACUUACUACCUGGUGACAAGACUAGGUUCCCAGAGAUUUUUGUUAAGGUUAUCCUUGGUAAUCAGGCUUUGAGAACAAGAAUUUCUCAGAGCAGGAAUACUAAUCCAAUGUGGAACGAGGAUCUGAUGUUUGUAGCAGCUGAACCUUUUGAGGAGCACUUAGUGUUGAGUGUGGAAGAUAGAAUUGGAUCUAACAAAGAUGAAGUUCUGGGGAAGUGCGUGAUUCCUUUGCAGAGUGUGGAGAGAAGAUUGAAUAAUAAGGUUGUGAACACUAAGUGGUAUAAUCUUGAGAAGCAUGUGAUUGUAGAUGGAGAAAAGAAGGAGAUAAAAUUCGCCAGUAGGAUUCAUCUCAGGAUCUGUUUGGAUGGUGGAUAUCAUGUUCUGGAUGAAUCAACACACUACAGCAGUGAUCUUAGGCCAACCGCUAAGCCAUUGUGGAAGUCUAGCAUUGGAGUUUUGGAAUUGGGGAUUUUGAAUGCUCAAGGAUUGUUGCCUAUGAAGACUAAGGAUGGAAGGGGUACGACAGAUGCCUAUUGCGUGGCCAAAUACGGGCAGAAGUGGGUACGAACAAGAACCAUCAUAGAUAGCUCUACUCCAAAGUGGAAUGAGCAAUACACAUGGGAGGUUUAUGAUCCUUGCACUGUUAUUACAAUUGGAGUGUUUGAUAACUGUCACUUGCAUGGAGGAGGAGAUAAGGCUGGAGGGGCAAAGGAUUCAAGAAUUGGAAAGGUUAGGGUUCGUCUUUCUACGCUUGAAACUGAUCGGGUUUACACACACUCCUAUCCUCUUCUGGUAUUACAUCCCUCGGGUGUCAAGAAGAUGGGUGAAGUUCAGUUGGCUGUGAGGUUUACAUGCUCAUCUUUGCUAAAUAUGUUGCAUAUAUACGCACAGCCAUUGUUGCCAAAAAUGCAUUACCUUCAUCCAUUAUCUGUUACUCAGCUUGAUAACUUGAGACACCAGGCCACUCAGAUUGUCUCUAUGAGGCUGAGCCGUGCAGAACCACCUCUGAGGAAAGAGGUUGUGGAAUAUAUGUUGGACGUUGACUCACAUAUGUGGAGUAUGAGGAGGAGCAAAGCUAAUUUUUUCAGGAUUAUGGGGGUUCUCGGUGGGUUAAUUGCUGUUGGAAGAUGGUUUGAUCAGAUAUGCAAUUGGAAAAACCCUCUUACAACCAUUCUGAUUCACAUCCUCUUUUUAAUAUUGGUCCUGUAUCCAGAGUUGAUUCUACCCACAGUUUUUCUCUACCUUUUCUUGAUUGGGGUUUGGUACUAUCGGUGGAGGCCAAGACACCCACCUCACAUGGAUACUCGUCUGUCUCAUGCUGAUAAUGCACAUCCUGAUGAAUUGGAUGAAGAGUUUGACUCAUUCCCAACAUCGCGACCUGCUGAUAUUGUGAGGAUGAGAUAUGAUCGUUUGAGAAGUGUGGCCGGGAGGAUACAGACGGUGGUUGGUGAUUUGGCAACCCAAGGGGAGAGGUUGCAGUCUCUGCUGAGCUGGAGAGAUCCGAGAGCUACAGCUUUGUUCGUGACUUUCUGUUUGAUUGCUGCGAUAGUGCUAUAUGUAACACCAUUCCGUGUUGUGGCCUUCAUCACAGGCAUUUAUGUGUUGAGGCAUCCUAGGUUCCGCCAUAAGCUUCCCUCGGUGCCUCUGAACUUUUUCAGGAGGUUGCCCGCAAGAACAGACAGCAUGUUAUGAGCUCAGCUCAUUGUGCAUGUAGCAGCCAUGAACUCAAUCUUGAAUCUCUUCCCAUCUUAUGUGCCAAUCCCCUUAAACCGUUGUGGUUAUGUGGCACUGUAUGGAGCUCAUUUAGAUUUAUUUUCAAUUGGUGGCUAAUGUUGGGUUCUGGUAUGGUGUACAUUCCUCCCCCCCUGCAGCAGGAGGAAUCAUGAAAGUUUAUUUAUGUCAUCUCAAAGAUUUCUGUUUCAGCUUGUCGUCUGUUUGGUAAUCAAUGCAUGUUGGUUUCUAUA